AGUCAUGGCCACAGUUUCGAAGCUUCUGCUUCUCCUCUUGUGCAGCUACUAUGCUCUCAUUGCUCGUGCAGGGGAACAUUCCAGCUACAUCACUGGCUCUGUCAAGACCGAAGCCGUCUGUUUCGAGACGAAAGCGAGUCCGUCGAGCUCUGGUGGCGGCACGGUGACGCUGCACCAUCGGCACGGCCCAUGCUCGCUGGCACCCACCAAGGCAACGCCAACCAUGGAGGAGAUCCUGCUCAGCGACCAGCUCCGGGCUAGUAACAUCCAACGGAAGCUCACCGCCGCCACGAACGGCACCGGCGACGCCCAGAAACUGGAGGCCACCCUGCCGACGAGCCUGGGCACCGCCCUGGAAACGUUGCAGUACGUGAUCAACAUCAGCAUCGGCACGCCGGCCGUGACGCAGACCAUGAUGAUCGACACAGGCAGCGACGUCUCGUGGGUGCACUGCAAACCGUGCUCGCCGUGCCACUCCCAGGUGGACCCGAUUUUCGACCCCAGCAUGUCCAGCACGUACUCGGCCUUGUCUUGCAGCUCCGCGGCCUGCGCGCAGCUCGGAUCAGACAGCAGCGGCGGCUGCUCGAGCUCCCAGUGCCAGUACAUCGUCAGGUACCUCGACGGCUCGAACACGACCGGCACCUACGGCUCCGACACGCUCACGCUGGGACCCAACGUCAUCACGGGGUUCCAGUUCGGCUGCAGCCGCGCCGGGACGGGCUUCGACGACGAGAAAACCGCCGGGCUCAUGGGCCUCGGCGGUGACGUGCAGUCGCUGGUGUCGCAGACGGCGGGGACCUUCGGCCGGGCCUUCUCGUACUGCCUCCCACCGCCUCAGUCCCCCGCCGGGUUCCUCACGCUCGGCGCGGCAAGCGGCGGCAACUUCACGACGACGCGGAUGUUCAGGAGCAGCCGGGUACCCACGUUCUAUCUGGUGCUCCUGCAGGCCAUCAGGGUCGGAGGGAGGCAGAUCAACGUGGAACCCUCGGUCUUCGCUGCCGGGUCGGUGAUGGACUCCGGCACGAUCAUCACGAGGCUGCCGCCGAGGGCGUACGCGGCGCUGUCGUCGGCGUUCAGGGCCGGGAUGACGCAGUACAGGCGGGCGAGGCCAGUGGGCAUCCUCGACACGUGCUACGACUUUGGCAGCCUGACUACCGUGAGAAUACCGACCGUCGAGCUGGUGUUCGACGGGGGCGCGGUAGUCGAUCUCGACUUGGACGGGAUCAUGAUCUUGGGCAGGUGCCUCGCGUUUGCUCCCAGCGAUGGAGCAAGCUCCGUCGGCAUCAUCGGCAACGUGCAGCAGCGGACAUUCGAGGUGCUGUACGAUGUGAGCCGUGGCACCAUGGGGUUCCGGGCUGGUGCUUGCUGAUCAUCGGAGCGUGUGUAUGGCCCCUCGCUUAUUGUGCUUGACGUAACGAUACAGACGCGAAGUAUACGUAACCAUCACUCUGAUACUCAGAUUGCGUGAAUAAAGGUUGCUAUCAUGUACCGUGCA